UGCCGGCCGGUAUGCACGGUCUUCUGUCUCUCCUUCUCUGCGCGGCAGCAGCAGUGGCUCAACGUGGCAAGUCGAACUUCACUUGUGUUGUUCCAACGUCGUCACCUGCACUCGACGAACCGCCUCUUCCUAGUCUGCCAUCUCAGUUUGUAGCACGCGUCGUCGCAAACAUCGAAAACAGGGACUACUUUGUGGAAGCAGUCGAAUACUACGAUUAUCCGAACAACCGUGGCAGAAUGGAUAUCCUAGGUGGCCGACGUGGAUCCAACUCGCAACAUUCCACCAUCUACACGUACGACGACGGACAGUACUUGUCUUUUGACUCAACGCGGUGCAAAGUCCAUUAUCUCAGUAAACGCACGGCAUUUAGUGUUUUCCCGUUUUCGUUCGAUUCUCCAGGGCACAUGCACAUCCGUGGAGUAGCCGACAUUUUGCACUUCGGACGACAGUUCAAUGAAAUUUAUUUAGGGGAGGAAGACCUCAGAGGCAUUCGGGCGAAUCGAUGGAGGACGUGCUUAACUACCAGGGCAGGAGGCAACAUGAGUAUGGAUUGGUACUUCAGCGCCGCUUACAAUGCUAGUGGUCGACGUAGACCGUCCAGACUGAGCGAGGGAACACCCCUACGGCUUGUCAUCGAAGGAGUUGAUCCUAACUUUGGUAGGCGGAGAGGCAAUUUCAGUGAAAGGGGUUCACAUUACUUCAAACAUACUUACGAAUAUCUGACUUUCAAGGCUGGUCCGAUUGACAGCAGUGCAUUUCAGAUACCUUCUGGCAUGUUCUGUGAUGGUGCAAAUGUGACUAAAGAUGUACCAACACUUCCUGAUCAAUUCUCGACUCAUGUCCAAGUGUUCAAUGCUCUUAAUAAGACGAUUUCUCUAUUUGAGGAAGUCUAUGAUGGCCCAAACGAGCGUUUCAUGUUCAAUUCUCCUUCUUAUCGAUCAAUUAGAGACUUUCGUAUCGGCAUUGGUUUCAGUUUGUUCAGAGGGGCAUGCAAGGCAAUUGCUCUGACACCAUCUUACUUGAAGGAACACAGAGUGCCUUUUGCUAAAAUAGCUGCUGAUCAUAAACAUUUGGAAUUGAAGUCAGUGAAAGAACUAUUUGGUUUCUCUGGUCAAUACAAUGUUUCAUACAUUGGAAUUCGAACAGUUAACGGUAUUCCAUGUGAUGUAUUUGCGGAGAGACGAAACGACUUUCCACGUCCUGGAAAUGCAACUAUCACUGAAAUGUCAUUUGCUAGAAAGUCACUCAAUUACAUUGCUUCUAGUCGGCCAGAACAUCAGGUUCCGAUAAAGUAUGAAUUGUACAGUGAGAGCCUGAUUGGCAGAUUGCAGUCACCUCCUUUGCCUCAUGAAUUCCACAGCGUCAUCAACGUUUACAAGUUUUCUUCCGUACUAGAAGAUGUACCUCACAUUGAUGUGACUGCCUGUUACUCAUCGAGUGCUACUGUUUGGUUCCAACUGAAUAAUGACUAUGAGACACUCGUGCGGUAUGGCAUCGAGACUUUUACAAGGGCUUGUGUGCAGAUGGUGGCUAGCAGUGCUUUGGUGGACGUGUCGCGUGUAACACGAAUGACGUUCACAAAAUUGGACAUCAAGGUUCUUACACAAGUGACCCUAGUGGGGUCUUUAAAUAACAACAGCAUUCAAGCAAACCUGUUUAUGGGAAAGAAUCUGGAUGACGGUGUUGCCAAGUUGCAAGCUAUUAUUGAGUCUGGCAAAUUUGUUGUUGUUGUGGGUAACGCAACGUUCAAGGGAGUGGAAAGCUCUUUCUCUACUACGAGCCCGGUAGGGUCAUCUUCAUCGUCAUCAGAUGCUAGAGUGGGAGUUUUUAUUGGAGCGGUGCUUGCUGCACUGUUCGUUGGUAUCCUGAUUGGUUGUUGUGUCGUCUAUAUUGUGGCAAAACGUAGAGGAGCGUUUUCUCCUACGUCUUACAACAAGCAUGAUAACCCUGUCUGAAGUGAGCAGUAAGGGUCAUGCACAGGACUCUGGUGCAAUGUAAAGUUGUGUUGUUUGUUUAGUUUGCAAUAUAUGGUAGCAGUGAUGUGAUGUAGUAGUCAAGGGUGUAGUGUUUACUCAAAUUCAUUUUUCUCACAAAUGUGAACUGGAUAUUCCUGCAUGGAAUUGUGAAAUGCACAUGUCCGAAUGUAUGCUGCAAUCAAUGAGUUAUAAUCAUGCCAUUGAAGUUACAACUUGUUACAUGAUAGUAUAGUCAGUCAUUUUUUCAUAAUAGUACAGAUCAGUCAGUCCAGAGAAACGUUACAGUU